GGGGGCGGGAGGAUCAGGUUGAGGUUGUAGCGGCGGCGACCGCUUGAACAGGCCUGGCACGGGCGCCGGAGACGUCUUUUGGGCUGGAAAUGUGGGCGCAGAGUCCUUAGCAGAAAUCAAUGUGACUUAAUUUGAAGCAAAACAUAAGAAAUGGAUCCCUCUUCAUUCAUUCAUACUGCUUUCUGACGGCCAUGGCAUCAAGAACUUUCUCCUAGGAGUACAGCUUUGCAUUAGUACUAAACAAGAUUUGUGAUGAAAUGGAGCCUGGAACAAACUCUUUUCGAGUAGAAUUUCCUGAUUUUUCCAGCACCAUUCUGCAAAAACUGAACCAGCAGCGCCAGCAAGGACAAUUGUGUGAUGUCUCCAUUGUUGUCCAAGGCCACAUUUUCCGGGCACACAAAGCUGUUCUUGCUGCCAGUUCACCCUACUUUUGUGACCAAGUGCUCCUGAAAAACAGUAGGAGAAUUGUUUUGCCUGAUGUGAUGAACCCAAGAGUGUUUGAGAACAUUCUCCUAUCUAGUUACACAGGACGCCUAGUCAUGCCUGCUCCAGAAAUUGUUAGUUACUUAACAGCAGCAAGCUUCCUCCAGAUGUGGCAUGUGGUAGACAAAUGCACUGAAGUUUUAGAGGGAAACCCUACAGUCCUUUGUCAGAAGCUAAAUCAUGGGAGUGAUCACCAGUCUCCCAGCAGCAGUAGUUACAAUGGCCUGGUAGAGAGCUUUGAACUAGGCUCUGGGAGCCACAGUGAUUUCCCCAAAACCCAAGAACUGAGAGAUGGUGAGAAUGAAGAAGAGAGCACCAAAGAUGAGCUGUCAUCUCAGAUCACUGAGCACGAAUACCUGCCCAGCAACUCAUCCACAGAGCAUGACCGGCUGAGCACCGAAAUGGCAAGCCAGGAUGGGGAGGAGGGGGCCAGUGACAGUGCUGAGUUCCAUUACACCCGGCCCAUGUACAGCAAGCCCAGCAUAAUGGCUCACAAACGCUGGAUCCACGUGAAGCCUGAGCGCUUGGAACAGGCUUGUGAGGGCAUGGAUGUGCAUGCAGCUUACGAUGAGCACCAGGUCACUGAGUCCAUCAAUACCAUGCAGACAGAGCACUCAGUCCAGCCUUCAGGAGUGGAAGAAGACUUUCACAUUGGGGAAAAGAAAGUGGAAGCUGAGUUUGAUGAACAAGCUGAUGAGAGCAAUUACGAUGAGCAGGUGGAUUUCUAUGGCUCUUCCAUGGAAGAGUUUUCUGGAGAGAGGUCAGAUGGUAAUCUAAUUGGGCACAGACAGGAGGCUGCCCUUGCAGCAGGCUACAGUGAGAAUAUUGAAAUGGUGACAGGGAUUAAAGAAGAAGCUUCCCAUUUAGGAUUCUCAGCCACAGACAAGCUGUAUCCUUGUCAGUGUGGGAAAAGUUUCACUCACAAGAGUCAGAGAGACCGACACAUGAGCAUGCAUCUUGGCCUUCGGCCUUAUGGCUGCGGUGUCUGUGGUAAGAAAUUCAAAAUGAAGCACCAUCUCGUGGGCCACAUGAAAAUUCAUACAGGCAUAAAGCCGUAUGAGUGUAAUAUCUGUGCAAAGAGAUUUAUGUGGAGGGACAGUUUCCACAGGCAUGUGACCUCUUGCACCAAGUCCUAUGAAGCUGCAAAGGCUGAGCAAAAUACAACUGAGGCUAACUAAAAAUAGGGUCUGGCCCUUGAGUGGCAUGCACAAAAAUAAACUAUGGUAAUUAAUGCAAAUCUGGGCACAGAUGAUGCGUGCCACUUGCUAUUAUGAGAGAAGCUUAAAAAAAAAAAAGAGGAAGAUAUUUCUGAAAGACCAGCUCUAAGUAGGCCAAUUAAAAAAUCUAAUUCCUCAGAUUUGUGAAUUCCAGUCCUGGCCUGGCAUGGGUGAUGGGGAUAAGUUCACUCACUGCCCAGCUGGCAAGGGAAACCUUCAAGCCAGUUGUGAUUGAGGCAGGUGGAAUUUGUGAUAGAGACAUCUGCAUUUGGAAUUGGACUCUAGCCUACCAGUUCCAUUUCAGGUGGCAGCAGUUUUCCAUCACUCAUUAUUACAAGAUCACAUUGAAGUUUUAUUUUGCUCUCAUUAUAUGUCCUUAGGUAAUGUGGAUUUGUUUUGGUAGCUGUUUCACUAAAUCAAUGCUACUUAUGAUCAUGGGAUGAGAAAUGGAUUAACAGAGCUUUCUUGUCUGGUUUUAUUCUUGCUAAAGGGUAUUUUAGCUAAAACUAUGGAGAUGCUAAGAGGAUGACAUUCUAAGUCUGAAACAACCUAUGCUACAAGCUUUAGUUUUUUUUAAGAUGCCACUGUCACAAUGUUUCAAACUCUUGAUAAGGCACAGUUUUGUAUUUUAGUACUAAGUGUAAGUUUGAACUGUUGUAUUUAAUUGUAAUUCUCUUGGGUGCCAGAGAUAAUUUGUUUCUAGUCGGUUUGCUGCCCCAGAUCCUGUCUAAUUACAGCAUUUACACUAUGGGAUCUAUUCUGGCUAAGAGCCCUCUGGCCUGCUGUAACUCUGACACAGAACCAAGGAGCACCCUACCUGUUGUUUUUUGCUUUUAGAUCAUGGUGCUUCCCAACAAGGACAGCCAGUGACCAUAGUUAUGGGACAGCCAGAAAUUAUGGCUGAGAGUUACCUGUGAACUGAGUGCUACAGUGGCACUCCCACUGUCAGCAUGUAAAUUGGAGGAAGAUAGAAUCUCAAGUGGCAGGUCAUACUUGAAGGGGGAAAAAAUUGCCCCAAGAAAAGAAGAGUCUUGCAAAUACACUGGUGGGAGAUGCUCUUUUAGAGGAAUACACUGAACAAAUACUGCCAGAUCUUUACGAGUGCUAGGGUGUGUUGAAGUAGUCUACAGAUUCAUGCUCCUUGGUUAUAGAUAAAGCUGCAGAAAUUUACAAGUCUGUGCAUAGCUAUACCUAGCAAAAAACAAGAAGAGCAGUUUUUCUGAGGCCUUUUCUGCCAGUCAGAUGUUUUAGAGUCAGAAUGCUUUUAAGCUGUGUAACAUGCCUAAGGUUAUUACCAGGGUAGGACAGGGUGCUACUAUUAUGUCAUCUUUCUAUAAACCUACUGUUCCAUUAUUUCUAAGUAGAAACUUUUCCCCCUUACAAUAAUUUUCCCUGGAUUUGGGGUGAAUUUUUCUUUUAAAAGUUUGUCUUUGCUCUAAUUUGAUAGACAUUGCUGGCAAUGGCCUCUGAUCCUCAAGCUCCUAACACCAAGGGUUUCCUUGUCGAAAUUGUCUGGAAAGGGGAGAGAAAAUACCAGUUAGCUCUUGUAAUCAAGAUUACAAAACAGGGAUAUACUCACUAACACUGUAUCAGUCUCGGUAUAUUAAAAGCACUUUGUAUUUAAAACUUUAUUAUAAAUAUAGCUAUAUAUAUAUAUUGUUUUUUUCUAAACCUAGAAACUAGAUAUUACCUCUUGGUUGUUUGCCUCAUUAAUAUCAUUUUCUCUUAAUGUUGACUCUUUCCCAGUUCACAGUCCUGUCUCUGUGUACCUGACAGAAGUGUAUAGAGGUAACUAUGCACUCAGCUCAGUUGCUCCUCCUCUUUUUCUCAUGUUAGAAGCCUAUAGUUAUAAUCCUAGCCACUACGUGUGAGGAGAAAUUAUUUUAUUGCUCCUACUAUUUUCCAUACUAAGGCAGUGAAGCCACUCCAUUCUGCCAAAAGCUGAUCCCCACUCCCAUGGUAUUAACAAAAACAUUUCCUGAGAAGGUUCCGUGUGUUGUUUCCCAUUAAAGGUUGUAUUAAAGUAAGCACUGGGACAUUUGGGAAGAAAAGUCUGAGAGGUAAAAUUAAAAUAUUCUGGGAAAACCAUGGUCCUUCAGUUAUGCUGAAUUAGCACUCUUGUCCUGAGUGGUGACAAAGACCUUUUGUUCACGCAGGAGUGUGGCCAGCCACUUGGUGGCAGUUUGGAAACAGUUGUGUUGGGACUUAAUGUGUUUUAAGAAAGGAGUAUUUCCCUGAAUUCCUUUUAUGCACAUCAGCUGCACAAUGUAGAACUUAAAUAAAUUCUUCACAUCUGCUGUGUUUUGUAAUGGUUGAGGUUUUGGUAAGAACUGGACGUGUUCAUUGGGUCAGCCAGAUUUUGUGAGGUAGUUGUUAUCUGAGGUGUUGGUCGUGUUCUGGAGGCAGGAAAAGGGAGAGCCUUAAUCUGGGCAAAGAAAAGAUGAAUACUUGCUGGGCACCAGUGGCUCACACCUAUAAUCCUAGCUACUCAGGAGGCAGAGAUCAGGAGGAUUGCAGUUCGAAGCCAGCCCAGGCAAAUAGCUCUUG